AUGUUAGGAUUUCGGACAAACAUCCUGAGCGUGAAGGUUGUGAGCGUUCGUCCCUCUCCACUCCCCAAACAAUGGAGUGUUCCAAUCGAGUCACUCACACCUGUCAAAAAUCAAUUUGCACGUGGAACUUGUUGGGCGCAUGCUGUAAUUGGUUUUGUUGAAAGUGACUAUCGUGCAAAUGGGAUUCGAAACGGUCUUCUAGAUCCCGAUGAAGUUGUUCAGUUUUCCGAACAAGCUUAUAUGUCAUUACUUGUCACUUACUGUUCAAAACAUCGAGAUAUUCCACUUUGUCGAUAUGGCGGGAUGCUUGAAAACUCGACGAACAAUUUUACUCCGGACUCGUUCUUUUAUUUGCGCAACGUAACGAAUGGGUUUAUUCUCCCCGAAACAAUCUGUCCAUACGAACACUUUUCCGGCGUAAACGAGAGCCUUUGUACUCCGUCCGACAAACAAACACUUGAAGAACACGUCAAGCGGAAUCCAUUAUCAUUUUCUAUCAAGGACAUAGUAACAGUAUAUUCUGUCAAUGAUGUUAAGAACAUAAUGUUAAAAACAUUGUCUCCGAUGACGUAUGGCCUCAACACACUUUUCAACACAAUUCUUCUCCCGUGUAAUUCUUUCAAUCCUCAAAUCAACACAACGGAAUGUCAAAAAUGUUUAACGCCAUGUGCCGGUGGGUGUUGCACAAAGGUAUCAUCAUCAAUGUAUCACAACGACGGCCUUAUCGACAUUUCCGAGGGAAGUGUACGACGUGGCGGACACUCCAUGCUUGUUGUGGGCUGGAACGAUGAAUUUCCAGUUGAACGAAAUCUGCACUUAAAUGACCCGAUAUUCCAAUGUGAUUGGGCCAAGAUUGAUGUCAAUCACAACUCAUCUCAUCCUCCACAAAAUAAUAGUAAAAAUAACAAUACUGCAACUAUUAAAAAUGUGAUUGAGAAGCGAGUGAAACGGUGGACAAAGGGAGGUUUGAUUCUGAAGAAUAGUUACGGCACAAAGGGCCAUACUCUCGGGUUUUACCUUCAAAACCAUUCUCUUCUUAACGAAGAUACAAUCUGUCCAUUGAGCAUUCAUCCAAGUCGAUGGUAUCCUUUAGAUGUUAAUUGUAUCAAAGAAGGGCGUAGUUUUAUGAAUUGUUCGAACGGGAAAUUACGAAAAAUCGGGAAUAGUAAAAUUUUCUAUGGAGCAACUAUAUUGAAAUGUAAAGAAGGAAUUAGCCGUGAUGAAGCCAAAAAUUUGGGAUUUGAGGAGUGUGGAACGAACGAUCCCAAAACGCGAUAUGCACUUUCGGCACAAUGGUAUAAUGUGACCUUUAAAAGAGCUAUACCCAAAACCUUGGCAAUGGGUGACGGGUUUUUAUUAUAUUUAGCGAAAUGGGAGAACGGGAAGAUUAAUACAACAAUACAAGAAACUCGAACACUAUUAACGUCGUGGGACUUUGUGACUCAAUUGUUUGAGAUGGAUACCAAUGUAACCAAUUCAGAGCACUGUGGAUAUUAUUUCCAGCCAUAUGACACUAUUGAAUAUCUUGCUUCAGAGUUUGGUCAUGACACUUUCGAGUCUUAUGGAUUCUCUUAUUACUGUCUUAAAUGGGAACCGGAGUCAUAUUACAAAGUUUCAAAGCACAAAAGCAAAUUCAAAGGGAUCAGAGAAUCAACAAAGAAGUUUGUCACGCCACAGUUUGACGGUCCGUUUGGUGGGAGAGCAAAUUAA